AUGAUCUGCAUUGAGACGCAACAUUUUAAUCUCAAUCGAACUCUCCUACUCGCAAUUGGCUUAUGGCCAUAUCAAAAAUCAAAAUUAGUUCAAUUUCAGACAAUCUUAUUUUUUAGUAUUUUGAUAAGCUUUGUUAUAUUCCAGCUUACAGCGUUUAUAACCACAAUAUGCACUGUUGACUUUAUCAUCGAAACUUUUUCUACCGCAUUAGUCUUUAAUUUCUAUGUAAUUAUAUACAACAUGUUCUGGAUUAACACUCAUCAUGUGAGAAAUUUGUUGGAACAAUUACAGUAUAUCUGUAAUGAAUUAAGAGACAAAAAUGAACUUGCUAUCAUUAAAAAAUAUGGAUAUUACACAAGACGAUUUACUGCUAUAUUUACAUUGCUCGGUAUAUGCACUAUAUUCUUUCUUAUUUUACUGCCAAUUUGGCCUCAUGUGUUUGGUACUCUUCUGCACAUAAACAAGUCUCGAAUAGAGAAUCAGGCAAUACAAAUCACGAAUGAGUACUUUAUCGAUCAAGAAAAAUAUUUCUAUUUAAUUUUGUUGCAUAAAAACGCAGUGUUUUGCAUUGGAAUAACUACGUUGACAGCGACGGGAACAACGCUUUUAGGAUGCGUUAUACAUAUAUGUGGAAUGUUUAAAAUUGCAAGUUAUCGUAUUGAAGAAGCAAUGUCGACGAAAAUGCUCAAAAAUAUUAAUCUGAAGAAUCAGACAAUGAUUUAUAAAAAAAUAUUUUAUGCCGUCGAAAUCCAUCGCAAGACUAUAAAGUUCACCGACAUGCUUAUAUCUAGUUUUGAAGGCUCAUUUCUGUUAUUAAUAAUGUUUUUUGUGAUUUCUUUGAGUCUGAAUACUUUUGCAGUUUUUCGUAAUGCAUCACUUGGAAAUAAGGAAGUAUUUUUAUUCCACCUAUUAUAUGUAUUUACCAUUUAUUUAGAUAUGUUUCUAUAUAAUUAUGCCGGUCAAGAGAUUACAAAUUACAGUAAUCAUGUGUAUUUUACAGCAUAUAAUGUUCGAUGGUAUUUGGCACCAUUAGGUGUACAGAAAAUGAUACUCUUUAUUUUACAAAAUGGCAGCAAAACUUUCCACCUAAACAUCGCUGGAUUGUUUGUUAUAUCCAUAGAGUGUUUCGCCACGUUAAUAAAAGCAUCGAUGUCCUAUUUUACCUUUAUGUAUUCUGUCCAGCAAUAAUGUGAAGAUACACUAUCUAGCAUAAAUAGCCAAAAAAUAUUUUCCACAUUUAAAUAAAUUUUGC